UUAGAGUUUUCUUGGGGUUUGGAGUCAGAAUUUAGAGAAAUCCAUGGCAAGAAAUGCACCACGUAGAUUUCCCGCCAUUUUAUUAACAUAUAAUAUCAGAAACUUCCCUUCCCCAAAAUAAUUCUGAAAUUCCGACCUACUUGAUAACCCGAAUAUUUUCCUCUUCUGAAGUUCCAAAAUUGCAAUGGCGGCGGGGGAAUUGACGGAUUACGAGCGGCGAAGGAUUGAGAAUAUAAAGCGCAAUGAAGAAAUGCUUGCGUCCCUUAAGAUUCAGUCCCGAAUUUCUGAACUUUCCGCAGUAACCAAGCGUCCAAGAGCUCAAAGCAAAUCAUAUCAGGCAAGUCCACAGAAGAAACAAAAGUCUAAAUCACCCGUUGUGCUGCGACGGUCUCUCAGGACUCAAGGUAUUCCACCGGAAUCUUCUACCGCCAGUGGGCUAAAAGAUGAUUUUGAUGAUAUCCCAGGUAGGAUAGCACCUAACAAGAACUCACAACCCACUGACAAAAAGUCACUUCGAGAACCUCUUCCCCUAAGUAUGAGAGAUGCAUUUAAUGGGGACUCUGAUAUCCCAAAUAAAAAACUGAUUAAAACUAUUAAGGGUUUCUCUCAUAAGAUUGACGAUGAGAGCAUGGAUAAAAAUUCUGUUUUAGGUGACUGGAUAGAGAAAAGAAAGCCUUCUGAUGCAGUUAAUUUGGAAUCAUUGAAGUUGGAACCAGACAACAUAGCACGGGUUGUACCAGGACGAAUAUUAAAUGUGCAUUUUUUUCCCACCAACAAUGUUCGAAUGGUUGCUGUAGGGAACAAAUUUGGCAAUAUAGGUUUCUGGAAUGUUGAUGCUCCACAGGAGGAUGGAGAUGCGAUUUAUUUGUACCAUCCUCAUUCGGGGCCAGUUUCAGGAAUACUUGUGGACCCUUUUUCUGUGUCAAAGAUGUUCACUUCUUGCUAUGAUGGAUUUAUCAGGGUGAUGGACAUUGAAAAGGAAAUGUUUGGUUUGGCAUAUUUGAGUGAACAUCCCAUAUUUUCCAUAUCACUGAGACCACAUGAUAUGAAGUCCAUAUAUUAUGGUGAAGGCAGUGGGGAACUUGGUAUUUUGGAUCUAAGGACAGGAAAAUCUUCAGCAUCGUGGAAAUUGCAUGACGAAAGGAUCAACACAAUAGAUUUUACCUCUGAAAACUGUAAUAUUAUGGCAACUAGUUCUACAGAUGGUAGUGCAUGCAUUUGGGAUUUGAGAAAAGUUGGUGCCCAUAAACCAAAAUCUUUGCAAACUGUCUUCCACAAAAGAGCAGUGCACUCGGCUUACUUUUCACCUUCUGGAAGGUUUCUUGCCACAACAAGUAUUGAUAAUAAUGUUGGUUUGUUGAGUGGCGCUAAUUAUGAAGAUACAUCUAUGAUCUCCCAUUAUAAUCACACAAACAGAUGGAUUUCCUCAUUCAGAGGAAUAUGGGGUUGGGAUGAUUCCUACAUCUACAUUGGUAAUAUUCAAAGAGGAGUUGAUGUAAUCUCAGUAGCUGACAAGAAACUUGAUUUUACCUUACGAAGCGAACACAUGACUGCUAUUCCAUGCCGUUUUGAUGCACAUCAUGAAGAAGUUGGAAUGCUUGCAGGGGCUACAAGUGGUGGGCAGGUAUAUAUCUGGACAGCAUCUUUAGUUGGUGGCUGUAGAUCCUAGUAUUUGUGAUAAUGGAGGCAGAGCUGCAUUUUCCAGUCUGGCUAAUGUGCAUUUUGUGAAAGGACCAGAAAUGGUUUACCUUUAGGUUUUUAUGGAAUCUUGUUGUUGUUCACUGAUCACAUAAAUAGCUGUUUACUAUGUUUCUUAAGCAUUUUUAAUCUAUUGUCCAAUUCAGUAUUCCAAAUAAUCAUUGGUUAUAUUUUCUUGGUUUGCAAUUAAUACCUGGUGUUGCCGAGACUA